AUGUCAAUGGAAGAGAGCAUAAGCUUGGAGGAGACAAAUAAGAUUCGUAUUUCCCUCGGUUUGAAGCCUUUGACCGACGACAAGGCGCCAGCGGACGAUAAAGACAAACAGGCUGAGGAUAACUACGCAAAGCAACGCGACCGAGAGGCAAAGGACCGGCAGGCAAAGACAAUUCAAGAUCGCAUAACCAAGGUACGAAACCGACGGGAACUUAACGCUUCACUGAAAGGUGCAACCUUGGGUGAUGCAGAAGGGGAUGUCGACAAUACCUUGAAGUGGAUUAAGAGAAGCAAGAAGAAAGAAAAGGAACUUGCGAAAAAGAGACAAGAAGAAAUAGAUAACAGGGACAAGGCUUCUGAGCCCGAAUAUUCAGAACGUGAUCUUGUUGGUCUCAAGGUCAGCCAUGACUUCGACGGCAUGGACGAAGGCGAAGCCCAUAUACUCACCCUGAAAGAUAGCCGUAUCCUUGAUAACGAAGAGGAUGAGCUCCAGAAUGUGGAGAUGGCAGAAGAGGAACGUCGUCAGAAAAUUAAAGAGCUCAAGAUCAAAAAGCGCGACUACACGGGAUACGACGAUGACGAAUUCACGGAAGGUAAUCAGGGUGUUAUGAAACGGUCCGUCUUGGCAAAGUAUGACGAGGACAUUGAAGGCACCCGGGAAACAGAUUUCCGGCUUGGCAGCUCAAUCACCUCCGGUAAAAGAGAGCAGGCCGAACAGAGGCAAGCAGCAACAGCUGCGGUGAAUAAAUCACUUUUGACUAUUGAUUAUGCCAAAAACCUCGAAACCAGAGAUUACCUACAGGAAGGUGAUUUCGGUUUUAAGAAGCCAAAGACAAAGAAGAAACGACCCUCUAGACGUGCUCCUGCCGAUGUUGAAGACAUACUCGAGAGCAAGAUGGAUGUUGACCAACCUAUUGUUCCUCGUGUUCGAGAUCUCGAUGCCAACUUUGUUGACGACGACGAGCUUCAAGCGGCCUUGGCGCGCUCAAGGAAAGCAAAGCUAUUGAAAACCAAGAAGUUGACGCCUGAGGAGCUGGCAAGAAAGAUUACGGAACGAAGGGAGCUAGAAAUGGACGCUUCUCUCAAGGUAGAAGUUGUCGAUGAUGAUAAGGAGGAAACUGGCCUGACCUUCGACGACACCUCAGAAUUUGUUCGAGCUGUUGGAAGCAAUCAACCUCUUGUCAAGCCUAAACCGGAGCCAAAGGAGAUUCCUGUACCAAAUGGACGGAGUGAGCCACAACGGUCUCCUUCAAGAGACCAAGUAAUGGUUUCUGGAGAUAUCGUGCUUGAUGAACUGGAAGCAGGAGAGGUCAGAGUAAAGGACGAGGAGGACGAAGACUACGACAUGGCCAUGAUGGAAGCUGUCGAUGGGUUGAUUCGGUCCGUCGAAGCUGAGGGACUAGCCGUCGACCUAGAUAAAUCUAGUUUGGAAGACGGGGUUGGGACAUCGUCGGAGCAAACGUUCAGUACUGGCAUGGCUUCGACGCUCAGCAUUCUCAGACAGCAAGGUAUCAUUGCGCAGCCAUCAGCCGAACUCGGACAACGUGAAAGGCGGCAACUGGAGCGAGACCGAUUCGUGGCCGAUCAACGCCUUCGCGAUGCUCAGCGCGAAAUAGAUCGGUUACAGUCUCGAGGCUCGAAUAAGGACCAAGCUCAACGAGAGUACGAGAAUCGACUUCGGGAACAACAAGACGCUCGCGAUAAGAUGGAAGCAUUCAAAGACUAUAAACCCGAUGUCAAUAUCGUUUAUUACGAUGAGUUUGGUCGUGCAUUGACACCAAAGGAGGCUUGGAAAGCUCUAUCCCAUAAGUUCCACGGAAAAGGUUCGGGGAAGAUGAAGACGGAGAAAAGGUUGAAGAAGAUUGCCGAGGAGAAGAAAAAGGAAGCGAUGGCGAGUGGGGACACGCCAUUGAGUAUGAACAAGGCAUUCCAACAGAGACAAGAGAAGGCUGGUCAGGCUCAUUUCGUCUUAUCAGUGGGUAAUAGAGGCGCUGUGCCACAGGCGGAAGACUUCUUAGACGCUCAGCCGCUCGCCAAAGGCAAGACCGAGAAAGCAAAGAAGAAGAAGGAGAACCAAGCUUCAAAACCAGCCGCAGAUGCUGGGUUUAUGACUGUUCCUGCGCCGCCGGUACAAAUCAUGUCUGCUGGCAGCAGCCCAGGUCCAUCUGGCCUUAACAGCAUCUCUGGUUCUCCUGUACCCAGGGCUGGAUUUUCCCGCAUAUCCUCUGCCGUCGAUACCCCGUCACAGUCUCAGGGAGGAACGCCUGUUCCCGCUGACCGCGCCAAGGUGGCAUUUGGUUUAGGGUUGAAGAGGAAAGCGGGGCAAGAGGCUGCAGGGUCACCCCCACCGAAGCGACGGUGA